AAUAUGUAGUCGGGUGAUUAGUAGAAGUGCGUUCUUUUCGCUGGAUAAAAGUAACACUCAUUCACAUACUCACCUCCAGUCUGCGCAUCCACUCGCUCAAAGUUGUCUCACUUUCCUCACAAUUAGACGACUCAAAAUGAUCACUUUUCGUGGGCUUCUUCUCAUUUUCAUCAUUCCAUUUCCUGCAUUCUCGCACACUGGUACUGACACAGAAGGGAAUAACAAUGGCCUCCAAGGGUGGUGCAGCAGGUGGCGAAUUCGACCUUAUCGGCGAAGCAGUUCAGUUCUUCGAAGUAAAGUUGCUGCCCAUUCGAAACCCUUGUACAAACUUUAUUUACCUUUCGUCGUCUCUGAAAAAGUCAUUGGAUCCAGCGGAGAAGGGACGGAGGCCAGUCUGGAAUUUCGACCCGAUGUCUACAAACUGCAAAACAUUACUCGAGCCUUCCUCCACAUCACGACCAUUGACAACGUCACCACUCCCCCGUCAGGAGAAUGGAAUUGGACAAUGAGUGCCAGAGUGGACAAUUCCACACCCCCCGCCUUCGUCGGAUCCUAUCCUCACACCACCCGCAAAUUCGACGUGUUUGAAUAUCUUAGCAACUUGACCACUCAGCAACUCACGGGACAACGAGGACAAAGCCUGACCUCACCAUCGCUUGAGGACGUGUUCAUUGUGAGAAUCGAGCUUACGGUUCGCCGCCCCUGCGUCAACGCGACAAAUUGUCCCCUCUUUCUUGACACCGUUGUGAGACGACCCUACCUGAAAGUAGACUUCACUACCGACCUCGGCGCUGCGGAGGACAUUGAAGCAGCGCUAUUUUCUUCCUGACUGAAACCUUUCCAUGGGGAACAAAGUUUAGAAAAUUAUCUCUUAUUUUUUACUUUUGAUUAUGAUUUUUAUGAUUUUCUUUGUUUAUUAAUAAAUACAAAAAGAAAAGAUAUGCCGUGACUUAGAUAAACACGUGACCUUGGUUUUUAUCAUCAUUUAUUUAUUAUUUAUUUACAUUUUCAACAUAUUCGUAUUAAUAACAAUGAAACCGUUCUGUUGAUAAAAAUCACUCACGAACUUUGACUAAUCCGUUUCUUUCUCUCUUUCGUAAUUAUUAAUACUUUUACUAAUAAUU